GACGAGUGCGAAAUCAUGCACGGAGUGUGCGGAAACGGCACUUGCAGAAACACCCCAGGCAAUUUUCAGUGCGACUGCAAUCCGGGAUAUCGCAGCAGCGAUAUAAUGAAAAUUUGCAUGGAUAUAAAUGAAUGCGAGGAAACGCCAGGAUUAUGCCGCGGAGGAAACUGCAUAAAUACCGAGGGCAGUUUCAAGUGUCAAUGCCCGCCGGGACAUGAACUUGGUCCUGACAAGCAGUCGUGCAAGGACAUAGACGAGUGCUCGAGAACCAGCGGGAUUUGUUCGAACGGCGUUUGCGAGAAUAUGAUGGGCACUUAUCAGUGCAUAUGCGACGACGGCUAUCAGCAAACUGGAUUGAAGUCCCACUGUGAGGACAUAAACGAAUGCGCGACCAAUAACGGAGGCUGCGAAGACAUUUGUCUGAACACGCCUGGCAGUUUCUCCUGCUCCUGCAG